GCUGAUAGGUUUCCAUGCUGUCUGCCAUCUAAUUUCCAGACGGGUCGAUGCACACUCCCGACCAGCAGGUGGCGGUAAUGCGUCUUUAAGCUGCUGUCUGUCGGACAACUGCCGUAAAAAAAUGAAAAUAAACGUAUUUUGCGUCAUUACCGCUCACAUUGACGGCAAUGUGACCGUUUACAAAUAAGCAGUAGUUGUUUUGAAACACAAUACUAUCGGAGUUUUACACUUGCAGCUGUCAUUGUUUUGUAUCCUGACGUGUUCUGACAAUCAGAAGCUGCUGAGUUUCACACAGACUCGUGCAGGAGCUGUUGUCACCAUGGCGCAGAGGAAAAGACUGUCACAACACAACAACACACAGACUUCCUCUCAGCUCAAA